AUGACCACUGACACUGUUCAGCCUGCCACAGAAUCGUACGUGUUCCAAGGUACCAUCAACAAGAAGCCUCCUCAUGUUUUGGACGGCCAGGGCGUUCGCAUGAAGAUCGAGAAAAACGGUAAGAUCUACGACGAUGUUCUCGACGGUGUGACCGGUGCUGCGGUCGGCGCUCUAGGCUGGGGCGACGAAGACUUGCCUGCUUGGCUCGAAAAGGCUGCAAAGAACCACACUUACACUUUCCCAUCGUUGAUUGGUAACCCAGCGUCCGAAGAUUUGGCUAAAUUCUACAUCGACAACAGUCCAAAGGGCGCUUUUGCUGCGGCCCUAUGGUGCUGCUCGGGCUCUGAGAGUAACGAGAAUGCCAUGAAGAUAAUCAGACAAUACCAAGUCGAAAGAGGCUGCCCAGAGAAGUAUAAGAUCAUCUCGAGAGACCUAUCGUACCACGGUUUCACGCUCGGCGCUCUUUCCAUCUCCAACUGUGCCAGAGCGAGCGCUUUCAAGGACAUCUUGAUUGACCAGGAGAAAACGUGUUUGACCAUGGAGCCUUGCUACCCAUACAGAUUCCAGAAGAAAGGUGAAUCCGAGGAACAGUACGUGAAGCGUCUGCUAGACAACCUUGAAAAGAUCAUUCUAGACAACGACCCAAAGACUGUGUCCUGCGUUAUUGUCGAGACUUUGCCUGGCUCUUCUUUGGGUACUUGCCCAUCGCCAAAGGGCUACUUGCCCGGUAUCCGUGCGCUCUGCAACAAGUACGACGUUGUCUUCAUGCUGGACGAAGUCAUGUGUGGUACUGGCAGAUGUAACCCUAACGGGAAGUUAAACUGCUGGGAAAAUUUCCUAGAGCCAGAAGAUGCUCCAGACAUUCAGUCUGUGGGAAAGACCCUUGGUUCGGGUUUCGUCACUAUUGCGGGUGUCUUGGUUGGUCCAAAGAUCCGUGAUGCCUACAUCAAAGGUUCUAACGCUGUUUUCGGUUCCCACACCUACGCUUCUCACGGUUUCAACUGUUCUGUGGCACUUGACGUCCAGAAGAAGAUCCAGGCUCAAGGUCUCACUGCCAAUAUUUUCAAGAUGGGUAACCUAAUGGGUUCUAAACUACAAGACGCACUACUGGACAAGGACAACAUUGUCGGUGAUGUCAGAGGUAUCGGUGGUUUCUGGUCUUUGGAGUUUGUCAAGGACAGGACUACCAAGGAAGUGUUCCCAGCAAAACUUGAUGUCGGUCACCGUUUCCAGGACGUUUGCUUUGAGAACGGAUUGAACGUCAUGGGCAUGCAAGGAAACGCCGAUGGCAUAAGCGGUGACAUCGCUUUGUUGGCUCCCUCUUUCAUUGUGACGGAAGACGACGUAAACGAAAUUGUCAAGAGAGUGGUCAAAUCCGUCGAAGAUAUAACCGAACAAUUGAAGGCCGAGGGCAAUUGGUGA